AUGACCGACAACCAGCCCCAACUGGGGUAUACCGCGCUCUAUGACAAAGAUUCACUGUCGCCAAUGGUUGACAGCUUCCCUCGGAACGUGUUGAAUGUGGAAGACCGAGAUCGUCUGAGUCCUACCAGAUCCUCCUUCAAUCCUGGUUCAACAGAUGGAUCUUCACAAAAUGAAGCAAGCGACAAUGGCUCCGCAGGGCCAUUCAAUUUCCAGACCACAACUAUGGCAAAGAGCCCGUUGAUGAAGUCGGUAAGUUCAUACGGCGAUGCUGACGAUCAAUGCGUGAUGCUAUUGCAGAAUAUCGGCCAGCGACGAGGACAUAAGUACAAACACAGUAGCAUAUCGCAUCAAAUAUUUCUUGAGCCCCCUCCGCGCGCGCCUCUAGCUCUUCCUAAUUCGUUACCGAUACCAACUCUAAAGGAAUGUCGUGCUAGCAUGUCCAAGGAGCAGAAGACGCGGUUUUGGUGGAGCGUGUGUCAUAUGUUCGUCGCCGCAUACACACUUUGGAGUGCCCAUGGAUCCUUGGCCAUGACAGCCCUGUCACAUUUGAUACUAUUUGACUCCCUCGGGGCCUUGCUGUGCGUCGCUGUUGAUGUAUUAGGCAAUUUCGAGGUCUGGAAGCGGUCCUCCAUCCGCCAUCCGUUCGGGUUGGAACGAGCAGAGGUACUUGCUGGAUUCGCCAUGUGCGUGCUUCUUCUAUUCAUGGGAAUGGAUCUCAUCUCCCACAAUCUUCAACACUUCCUCGAGUCGACCAACAACCACGAGCCUCACCACGCUCAUGCUCAUGAGCGUGUCUCUGUUGGCAGCGUGGACAUCACUGCCAUACUCGCAAUCUCAUCCACCCUUGUCUCGGCAAUCGGGUUGAAGAACCAUGCGCGGAUUGGCAAAGCCAUGCGGUUCGGGUACAUAGAAUCCCUCCCAUCGGUUCUUAGCAACCCAUCUCACUUUCUCACCCUUUCAUGCUCCACGCUUCUACUAAUUCUCCCCUUGGUCUCUGUGAAACUGUACAACUGGCUCGAUGUACUUCUAUCGGCCACUAUUGCUAUCUGCAUGUGCGUCCUGGGUAUUCGACUGGUGAAGACGUUAGGAUCCAUGCUUCUCAUGUCAUAUUCAGGACAAGGAGUUUCGGAUGUGUUGAGUGACAUCGAGGCUGACCCCAGUGUCUUUGGUGUCGAUGACGCAAGAUUCUGGCAAGUUCAUUAUGGCCUGUGUAUGGCGAACUUGAAACUUAGGGUUUCUGGCUCCGAAGAGAACCUAGUUCGACUACGUGAACGAAUCUCCAGCCUAAUCAAGAAUCGCCUGAAUGGGGGAUAUGGCACUGGUGGCCAAAGAUGGGAGGUAUCUUUGCAGUUCGCUGUGGAGAAACCAUAG